AUGUUCGAUUUGAUGGUGUGGAGGAUCGGUGUGGUGGUUGUUGAGAAGAAAUUGAUGGAUGGGUCGGGUGGUUGGACUGAUUUGUUGAAAGGUAGUGUUGUCGCGAAAGUUAUGAAGACGAUGUAUUUGUUGUUGUGUUUGCGUUUGUGUGAGGAAAUCGAUGAAGAAGCAUUAGGGUAUAGGAUUAUAAGCAUUUUGAUGAACGAAGUUGGAGUGAACGGAAUGGCUGAAUUUAAACAGAAGGAAAGGUUAGCAGGAGAGCAUAUGGGAAUUGGAGUAGCAUCGAUCGAUUUGAUUAGCGAGUUGGUAUGGUGGCAUUAG